AUGGAGGACUUGCAGGUGAUUGGCACGAUUCAGCCAUCGGAGGCGCCGCUGCACCUCGUCGGCUUUGACCCUGGAGAGGAGCUACUCUGGUCAGCGAGCCAGGCCGGCAUGGUUUACGCGCACCUCAUGCUCUCGGGCGCACCGCACGUUGCAUUUCGGUCGGACCGGGAGAUGUCGCCGGCGGUGGCGGUGUUUCCGCACAGCUCGGGGUUGGUGACGCUCACCUACGCCGCGGCACACUUCAUCUCGCGCGGCGGCGUCGAGCUCGCCGAGGUGCGGCACGAGUCGCUCGGCGUCCUCUCUGCCGGAGUGAUGUGCGCGAGCGGCCGGACGCCAGCCGUCGCCCUCUGCGGGGCGGGCACGGCAGACGGCACAGAGGGGAGCGGACCGAGUUUGGCGCUGAUGGAUCUCUCCACCGCGCAGCUCACGGUGCAGCUGCCGCUCGAGAUAGUUCCGACCGUCGCUCGGUGGGAGGGUCGGUCCGGGCUGCUUGUCCUGGGCGGCGGCGACGGCCUCGCUCGCGUCUUCGACGUGCGUUCGGGCGUGAAAGCGGUCGGCGCAGCGCCGCUCUUCCCGCGCGGCGUCAUCCACGACCUAGACGUGCAGGACAACUCGCUCGCCGCCAGCGCCCUCCGCGCGCAGCUGGGCCCGCUUGGCCACGAUGAGUACGUCUUUGACUCGAACCUGCGCACCGCGGACCUCCGCCAGCUGUCGCGGCCCGGCGCGCAGCUCUUCUUCGCGCCCGGGAUGACGGCGCCGUCCGAGGUCGCGACCGGCGCGGCGCACCGCGGCGGCCAGCUGUGCGCGCUCAGCCUCUCCUCGUCGGGCCUGCUCGUCGCCGCUUCCGACUCGACCGGCUGCAUCGACGUCUGCGCGCCCACCGAGCAGACGCAGAUCGCCGUCAACUUUUCGCCCGAGCCGGCCGACCCGCUCCCCUUCCUCGCGUGGGGAGAGCCGCCCAGCGCGCUCGGGCUCCUCCCCGACCCGCCGCCCUACGCCGAUGCCCCGCUGGCGAGCGACUGGCCCGCAAAGCAGCUCGGCAAGCGAGGCACGCGGUACGCCGAGCCGGAGGUGCUGCUCGCCACGAUCCGCUCGCUGGCGCCCAAGCAGCACGUCUCCUUCGGCGCAGUGCCCGCGAUCUACAUCCCGAACACAGUCGGGAGGCUGCCGAAUACGGCCAUGCCGCCCCUCUCCCGGCUGCACAAACCCGGGAUCGCGCGGGGCGGCGGCAAGGAGCACGCGCGUGCCGCCGAUAGCGACGGCGGCGACGAGGAGGACCGCGCAGCCGAGGAGAUGGAGCUGCCGGCCGAGUGGAGCCGCUACCGGCGGCUAAAGGUCGAGCUCGGCCAGUUCGGCCUCGCGGACGACUUUUCUUUUGAGGAGCACAACUCGACGCCGCACCUGUGCACGCUCGACGCGACGGCCGCCGGUGAUGGCUAUGUGAACCCGCUGCUGCUGCUUCUGUACCUGCUUCCGUGGACGCAGUCCUUCUGCCUCGGCUCGCUGAGCGCCUCCCAGUUCGCCCUCUCCGAUGAGCUCGGCUUCCUCUUCCACAUGAUGCGCGCCUCGGCAGGCAGCUGCUGCCAGCCACGCAACUUCCACCGCGCGCUCAAGCAGAGCCGCGAGGCAUCGGCCCUCCACCUGGUCGACGUGGUCGAUGCGCCGCUCUGGUCCACCAUCUGCAAGUUCGAGACUCGCUUCGGUGGCGACGCGGAGCCCGCCGAGACGAGGAGUGUGCAGUCGAUGGUGACCAAGCUGCAGCUGCCCGGCGGGGGCGAGGGAGGCGCGCCGCCGCGCUUUGUGGAGGCGCUCGGCGCGUGCUUUUGCAGCGAGUCGACGUCGCGCGCGUGGCACGCGCCGAGCAAGACGUACCGCCGCUGCACCAUGCGCAAGGUGAUGAUGCGCACACCCGGCGUCCUCCUUUUGCUGUGCGAUGAGCUCGGCGGCAGCGUGAUGGAGGAGUGGGAGGCGGCGCACGGCGAGCCGUGGCUGCCGAGUGCCUUUGGGCUAUCGCUGCCGAGCGAGCGGCAGCGCGGCGUGGCGAACGCUGCUGCCGACGGCGGCGUAGGCGGGGAGUCGGAGGGGUCGGGGCUUCCCGCCGAGGAAGGAGGUGACGCCGCCACAGCAGAGCCGGCGGCGGAGGGCGUAGAUGCGCCGGCUGUGCGCGCGCUCGAGGCGGGCGGCGGCGUCGGCGACGGCGAGCAGGAGUACGAGCUGCGGGGGCUGAUGAGCUUCACCAGAAGCACGUUUGUCCACGCCAAGGAAGGCUCGGGCCACCUCACCCUCUCUUUCCGCGUGCCCAAGCUCGACACGCCCCCCGCACGCACGGCGGCGGCGGGCUUCGAGAGUGCGGCGCCGUCGACCGCUGCAGCGGCGACCCCGUCCGUUGGGCGGGACUCGGCGGUGGCGCCUGAGUACACACCGGAGGCGGCCGCGGCGGCUUGGGACGGCGCGGCGGAGUGGUUCGUGUGGAACGACUUUGCGCUCGGGCCCGCGGCAGAGGAGGAGGUGCGGCGGGCGCACUCGCUCUGGAAGCGGCCGGCCAUCGCGGUCUACACGCGGCGGAGCCUGGCUGUCGACCUCACAGCGCUGCCCCUCCGGCCCGCCGAGCGUAUGGCUGUUGCGGCUGACAUCGCGCCGGAGUAUUCGCUGCUGGAGGUGCCGGCGCCUGCGGCCGGCUCAGCCAUCUCUGCUGCAGGCUUCAAGCCCUCCUUCAAGCCGCUCGGCUUGUCGGAGCUUCCGCUCGCCACUGGCCAGCUCGUUGCGAUCGACGCCGAGUUCAUCGCCGUGACGCGGCGGGGCAAGCGAGGCGCCAACGUGGUGGUCAAGCCGGCGCGGCUCGCGCUUGCGCGCGUGUCUUGCGUGCGCGGCCAAGGGCCGCACCACGGCGAGGCUUUCGUCGACUCGUACAUCGCCCAGGCGGAGCCGGUGGUCGACUACCUGACGCGCUUCUCUGGGCUGCGGCCGGGGGACCUCGACCCGUCCGUCUCGCCGCACCACAUCACCACUAUGAAGGCGGCCUACCUCAAGCUGCGCCAGCUGGUCGACGCUGGCUGCGUCUUUGUUGGGCACGGCCUCAAGAAGGACUUCGAGAUGAUCAACAUGCGAGUGCCGCCUGAGCAGGUGCUCGACACCGUCGAGCUCUUCUGGGCGCCUGGCAAGCGCCGCAUCUCGCUCCGCUUCCUUGCCUUCCACAUGUGCGAAAUUCACAUGUCCAACCGGCUCCACGACACGCACGACUCGAUCGAGGAUGCGCGGACUGCCCUGCAGAUCUACGACAAGUACGUUGAACUUCGUGCCCAGGGGCAGGCUGUCCUCGACGCUGCGAUUGAUGAGCUCUACCGUGUCGGCCGAGAGAUGAGCUGGGAGUUUUCUUUGUAA